AACUCUAUUUGGAAAUAUGAAUGGCCUGGUCAGCAUGUUAAUGGACUAUCUUUCGACUUUGCUAUCUUUCGAAUGAUGUUUUUGUUAGAUGUUUUUUGUUUAUUUGUAACUGUUACAUUUUAUUACGGCUUAGAAGUUGACUCCGAACAUGUUGCUGCAUAUCUGUUGCAAAUUAUGAUUUUUUUAGCGCAGUUAGUCCACAUACCUGCAAUGGAAUUAAAGGGCCAUCGCUCAAUUGUUAAUCAGGUGCGUUUUAGUGCCAAUUAUAACCUGAUUGUCUCAUGUGGAGUUGAGAAAAUUGUCAAAUUGUGGAGUCCUUGGCCGAUGGACAAUGUUGAUCCAGAAUCUGUUAGAACCGAAGUGCUUACAAGACCACUUUACACCCAGCAAGAAUACCAGAAUAUGGUGGUUCAUUCUGGACAGCCGAUCCAGGGUGGUUCUAGAUCAGACAGUAUGGAAGAAGAUUUGCAAACGAUUGCCUUUUUUGACACUUUGAUUUUGGUACGUUCCUUAUCUUAG